AUGGCGUCACUACUGAAUAAACAAAGAAAUAUGUCUCCCACAAGACCUCCUCUUUUUGAUGAUAAGCUCUACAAAUAUUGGAAGAUUCGGAUGAGAGACUAUCUCAUGGCUGAGGACAGUGAAGUAUGGGACGUCAUAUGUAAAGGUCCUUAUGUGCCAACUAUGGAGGUUAAAGAUAGAGUGGUCACAAGAGUCAUUCCCAAAACUAGACAACAAUAUAAUGACUCUGACAAGCAACUAGUUCCAAAAAAUUACAAAGCCAAGAAGUUGCUUAUGUGUGGCAUUGGAAUGAAAGAUUAUGAUUUGAUCGCUUCAUGUAAAUCAGCCAAAGAAAUUUGGGAUCUCUUGAGAAAUACCUUUGAAGGUACUGAGGAAACAAGGAAAUCUAAGCUAGAUUUCUUUACUGCUCAGUUUGAAGGUUUCACUGUGGAGGAAGGUGAACCAGUUCAUGAAAUUCAGACAAGAUUCUCCACUAUAACCAAUGAGCUCAUGUUUCUUGAUGAACCUAUCCCGGUGUGCAAACAUGUCUCUAAGAUACUGGAAACUCUUCCCAGAUCUUGGAUAAAUGAAUGUGUGUUAGCUGAGGAGACAAAGGGGCCUGAAGAGGCGACUCCAAAUACACUAUUUGAGCUUCUUCAAGCUCAUGAGUUGCAUAAAAAAAGGGAGUGUCUCAUUCUGAAGGAAAAAUACAAAAGGACUGAUAUGAUUGAUGAGACUGAUCAGAAUAAAGAAAAUUAUGUCAAGAGUGUAGAAGAUAAAGACAAUGAGGGGGACCAUGUCCAUCCCAAGAUAAGCAGAAGAGAAGUCUUCUUCAGGACAUUAAAAAGGGAUAUGGCUGCAUGGAAAAAAACCUCAAGUGAUUCAGAUGAUUCUGAACACACAGAUAAUGAUUUCAUGACAAAGUCAAACGAGGAAUAUGCUGAUGAAAAGGUAACUCUAUCUUAUUUCAAGCAAAACUUGAAUACCUUUUCUACUAGCAAGUUGAGAAAGCUAGCAGUUGUAUUACUUGAUUUGAUAAGUGAGCUGACAAGUGAGAAGGAUCCCAUAAGGAACAGUCUAGAUAUCUCUCAAGAUGGAAAAAUUGCAUUAGUUGCCCAAAUAUCUGAUAUUAAAAGUCAAAUGCUUGUUUUAGAAGCUGAAAAUCUAGAACUGAAGAAAAAGAUGAAAGGGACCAAAAUUGCAUUAGAAAGAAAUCUUGAGUUAGAGAGGGACCUGGUCUGUGUAAAAGAACUGAAAAAAUCUCUCAAAUGGACCAAUUCCUCUAAGAUUCUUACAAAUCUGAUUGGUCAAUACAACAAUAGUAGAAGAGGGUUAGGCUGUGACAAGAUAAAAUCCUCCUACAAUCCUCGAAGCAAAAGUGUUUCUGAUGCUGACAAUCUGUUGUCUGAGAAUUGUUGUCGAGAUGGAAAUCAUAAGAAAGAUUGUCCAAUUUUGGAAAAAUUUGAAGGAAGUUCGUCAAAUUAUUCCAAACAGCUGAAAAGAGCUAAAGAAAGACAUGUGAAGUUUGUCCGAUCUGAAAAUAAUCAAGAAAAGAAAGAAAGGGGACCUGGUCUUCAUGCUAAAUUUGUCAGAUCCGACAGAAAUGUGGAAACGGAGCGCAAGGGACCUGGUCCUCGCUAUCGUUUUAGCAAGAACACUUUGCCCCCUUGGACAUGA